AUGGAUCUUCCUUCGGAAGAAUCUUCUGAGCUGGCCGAGCUGACCCUCAACCCUGAAAUCACGGAAACACUCCUGCCUGAUGCUCUUAUCAAUGAAGAAGCAGGACUUGGAUUUCUGCAGGAAAUUAACAGCCAGGCACCUGUUGACUUUGGUUGCGAUACCCACAACAUGCCCUUGCUGCCCACGUCCAUGCUGGCUGAUUUUCCUCUUGCUGAGAUUGACUUCGACUUGUCGAAUGAAGAUGUUGGAUUUGAGGUCGAUUGGUCGCAAAGCAACGCUAUGGACAGCAUGAGUCAGCUCGACCUUAACAUCCAGCAGGAAGAGACCAAUGCCAAUGGCACCUGGCCUUUGGAUGCCUUCGACCCCAACUUCGAGCUCUCACUUCAGCCCUUCACAACCAUGCCUCAGAGCGAAAGUAUUGAGACCGUCAAUCUUGAUACAUUCUUGAGUGACAUGUGGCCAAUCGAGGGACCGAUAUGUGAUCAGGCCCUCGGCGAUUGCAUUGAAAUGGGAGCAUCCUCGAGUGCAGAAACCGGUCAAUUUGAAUGGCUAAACACUUCUCUCAAUCAGGUUUGGAGCCCUUCGCUCGAUUGGUCAACAGACUUCAACAAUACAGAUCAGAACAUCACUAUCGGAGAAAUAACUGCAGAUAGCACGCAUCUCUCAAAUGAUGCGGUCUGGCCAUCAGACCUCCUGGACAUUUUCGAUGCCUCCUCUCAUGCAUCUACUAAUUUGGGGGCCCAGAUCUCGCAUGGCACCUUAUCUCAUCAGAAUGUACCAAGCUUUGAUGGAAAGAGUGCUCAGUCAAUCCUAUCUGUCCCUUCUGGAGCUCCAACCCAGGAAUUGCACCCGCAUAAUGAGCCUUUAUUAGUCACUCCGAGAGCAGAAAUGCAUCUACCGAUUGCGACGGCGGCCCUACCGAUGGGCACUCUCGGUCCAGUUCGGCCAGUUACGCUACCACCACUCCGCAGAGGUGGCACGAAGGGCCCCCUUUCAGCUGAGGAAAGACAUGCCCGCAAACAAAUGCGGCGACGAGGGUGCAAUGGCGGUCUUCCUUGCGAAUCUUGCCUUCAUCUGUCAAAAGCGACCCUCUGGAUCUCUCCCUGUGCCGUGGCAAACUUCUUCGACCUUGUGAAGCAACAGCCUUACUUUCUGGGUCCGUCAUCCUAUACCCUUGGUGAACAAUCAGUUGCUAAUGUUUUUAUUGAGUCAAUAGACUCUACAGCUCAGAAGAAAGCCCUCGAGAAUCUAGACAAAGCCACAGUAGUGAAAGCCGGACUUCUGGUGUGUGACCUUGGCCAAAGCGGUGCAAACGGAAAGAUCCAGUCUCAGACGUUGAAUCCGCCAUUCAAGACUUACGCUCUGGUAAACUGGAUUGCAGCCGCAAAUGUUCUGAAAUCUAUGCUUGAAAAGGCUGCUGAUAAUGACGCGCCCAUGUCUGAUCAUCUAUCCCAAAUCGCAGACGUUCAACUAGAGCCAUCUUCCUGGCAUCAACAUCCGAUUCUCAUUAAUCCACCUCGGUAUCGAGAGAAGGGGGAAGAUAUGCUAUAUUUAUUAUUUUGUGCUUUCCCAGAUUUUGAGUUCAAAUCUUGGAAGAACCCAAUGUCUGACGUUUCCAAUGAGGAAGCUACAGAUGUUGGUUGCAAAACUCUACAUAUCCUAAUCUGGAUCACUAAACGCCGGCUGGAGCAGAAGCUAUUUCAACAGCUGCAAGGCUAUGUCAACAAACUCAACACACUAUCAUUUAGCCAGCUGAAACAUACGGCAGCACUAAUUCUAAGAGUAAUACUACUUGGAAAGGAGCUUGCCAAUUUGAAAUUCGCAGACGAAGAAACUGAGGGAACACAAUCGGUGGAUCUCUCACAAAGGCAUCCCAUUCGACAAUCACUCCUCUGCUAUUUGAAAAUAGUCACCGACAAAAUCCCAGCGUGGUCUGAUUUCUGGAAACAGCAAGCAGAAUACAUAAUUUUUAUUCUAGAGUUGUCUCUUUUUGACUCAGAGAUUUAUGACAAAAGAUCCUUGAGGAUAGGUAGUUCCUUGAAGCACAGUUUGGAGUGGUAUGAGAACUUUGGAAAGAUGUUUAAAACAGCUGAAAAUACCCUGGAGACACAUGAUAUGCAUCUGGCGCACUUUUUCGGCAGUAUAAUCCAUGAAUCUUACGUGGAUGGCACCACCAAGGAUGUUAUUUCAAGGAUGGAUCACUUUUGUCAGACCAAGAUUCGGGAACCACCUGAGACUACUAAGAACGCCGUAGGAAAAGGUAUCAGUCUUUAUUAUCUGCCUGUCAUACGUACUAUCCGGGAAUUGUUUGCUCCAGCUGAGGAAGAGGAAGAGGCUUUCAUGAAGAGCCUGAAAGAAGUUGAACGGCGGUUGGUGGAUUUCUCGAGGACUGGUGCGAGCACCAUGGCCGAAUUCGACCUGAUUGGUGCGAUUAAAGUCCCCUUAAUGUCAUCGGAGUUUACGGAUCUAUGUAUCAAUAUUCUUCGUAAGAUUGGGGAUUCCGCACGAGGUGGCACCCACUAG